UCUUAUGCAACAUACAAAUGUAUGUAUAUGUGUGAUAGAUUAUAGACUGAGCUAGACGCAUCAACAUCCGUUUUAUACACUAACGGUUGGGUUUCUUGAACGUUCCCCAUAAUUCCUCACCCGAUGUCAACGCCCCGGACCCGAACACCUACAGUCGGAUUCUAACACCAGGAAAUAAACGGUACAGCUGAUAAACCUUUUAAGGUAAAUUCAACAGUAGGUCCGACCUACUUGGUACUUUCAACAAUACGGAUGUCCCCCUUCGCCUCCCCCUGGCUCAAGGGUUGCUGAGAAAAAUUGUUAUUAUUCUCUGCCCUUCAGCUGCAUAUAUUUUCCAUACCUGCAAGGACACAAUGGUGCCAGUACUGUAGACUACAUUGAUCCAUGAACCAGCGAGACGCCAGCUGAGAGUUGGAGAUGCCUCUAUUCCGUUCCAUGGUGGAGCCCAGGGCUGUGAAACUGGUAGUGAGAAAGAGGAAGAUUAGAGGACGAGGAAGAUGGGAGGAGGAUGAUGAUCAUCCUCCCCGACUGACCCAGCUUUGUCUGUGGAACUUGGCGGAGAACAUGAAGGAAGUGUGGGUCAAAGACUACGCUGACAAAUACAUGGAUCAGUACUUCUUCAGAUAUGUCAUGGGCCCCUUCACCCUGCUGCCGGCUGAGCUGGUAGAGGAGCUCCUGUCUGUCCUGUCCUCCAGGUGUGAGUUGUCCCGUGCGGCACUACACCUCCUGUUGAUCCCUCAGCUCAGAAUCCUAUCUCUUGGGGGCCACUCUGCUCUGGUCACCCCCAGCCUCUGCACCCUCAUCGGGAUUCGCUGCCAGAGCCUGCAUUCCAUGGACCUCUCUGGAGCCCAGCAGGUGUCUGCCCAUGUCCAGUGUGACCUGCUGGGUUGUCUGCCUUCCCUGCGCUCCCUCUCUCUGGCUGGCACCCCUUGUGACAGACAGGUUGUGGAGGUGGUUGCCCGCCAUUGCCCCGCGCUGCGCCACCUCGACGUGUCCCGCUGCCACUUCCUGCCCCCCGCAGGCCUGCUCUGCCUGAGAGGUUCCUCCUGCACCUCCCCACCCCACCUCAGCAGCCUGCUGGCUCUGGAUGUGGGCUUUGGGGAGGGGGAUGGAGACGGGGUGGCUGCCGUGGCCUUCCUCCUGCUCUCCCUGCCGUGGCUGGAGAGAGUGGCAAUGGAGGGCCUGGGGGAGGCCUGUGGCCUCAUACACAGCAGGGGGUUCGGAGGGACUGAGGAGCUCACGACCAAUGAGGGGCUGCCCAGUCUCUGGGAGGUGUGGAGGGAGAGGAGGCAGAGUGGGAGGGCCACAGACACAGGCGAGAUAUCAGGAGCGGAUGUGGAGGAAAUUGAAGAGGAGGAAAAUGACAACCGUUUCUCGUGGGCGAGUGAGGGUGAGAGUGAGGAUGAGGGUACAGGUGAGGAGACAAGGGGAGUUGGAGGUGGAAGAGGUGACGCCCAGAUGAGAACAAGGAAGGAAAUAGAAGAAGACAGUGUUGAGAAAGGAAGAGAAGAGGGAGUGGAGGGGGCAGGGGGUGAGGGCUUUACUUUACGUCUAAGGGAGGCGCAGGGCAUGUCUGGUGGGACUCUGGAGGCUGUAAGUCAGCUUUGCCCCGAGCUGCGCUCUAUAUCACUGGACUGUGAGGAGGGUGGGCCUAGCCAGGGGUCUUGUCUGGCUGCAGGCCUGGCCAGGUGGGCAGGCCAGCUGAGGGGACUCUCUGUGCGCUUCACAGGGCCCCUGGAUGAGCUGCUACCUGCCCUGCGUGCUAUGAAGGGCUCCCUGGUUUCUCUCACCCUGGAAGGGGUAAGAACCAGCUCUCAGACAGCCAUGCUGGAGCUCCUCCACGCCUGUCCCAGGCUGAGGAGCCUCGUCAUCCACGCUGAGCCUCCUUUAGCCCCCCAGGAGGAAGAGGAGGACGAGGAGGACGAGGACAGGGAUCUACCCUGUCUACCACAACUGUGCUCUCUCUCCCUAAACUUCUCCUAUGACCAGCGCCAGAUGAAGACCGUCAUGUCCUGGAGGUCUCUGGGGAGGGCGCUGUGGAGCGUACUAUCCGGCUCUCCCCUCCUGGAGAGGGUCUCUCUGGUGGCAGUGCCUUGUCCGCUGGAGCCUGUGUUCCAGAAGCUUCUGAAGCGCCCCGCCGCCCGACCCAACAGCCCUCCACUACAACAACUAUGCCACCUCAGCCUUGUCCGCAGUGACGUUUCCAUGGAGACGGCGUCGGGCCUGAUGACCAUCAACAGGCGUCUGAGCAGCCUGGACCUGAGAGGCUGCUGGGCAGUGAGCCUGGACAACAUGAGGCAGCUGCAGAGGACAGCCACCAGGAGGCAACGUUGUAUCACUAUCACCUGGACAUGAUGUGCUUUACAUCUGCCAGGCAGGGGCACCCUCAUUUACACAUACUGUGUUUGGGGCAAAUCCAACACAUCACUUAGUACCACUCUUGAUAUUUUCAAACAUGGUGGUGGCUGCAUCAUGUUAUAUGUAUGCUUGUCAUCGGCAAAAACUAGGACGUUUUUUUAUUUUUAUAAACAGAAUAGAGCUAAGCACAGUCAAAAUCCUAGAGGAUAACCUGGUUCAGUCUGCUUUCCAACAGACACUGGGAGACGACAUCACCUUUAAGCAGGACAAUAACCUAAAACAUAAGGCCAAAUAUACACUGGAGUGGCCUAGUUAGAGUUUUGAUUUAAGUCAGCUUGACAAUGGCUGUCUAGCAAUGAUCAACAACCAACUUGACAGAGCUUGAAUAUUUUUCUUCAAGAACAAUGUGCAAAUAUUGUGCAAAGCUUCUAGAGACCUCCCCAGAAAGACUCACCGCUGUAAUCGCUGCCAAAGAUGAUUCUAACAUGAAUUGACUCAGGGGUUUGAAGACUUAUGUAAAUGAGAGUUCUGUAUUUAAUACAUUUGCAAACAUUUCUAAAAACAUGAACUUUUUCAUUUAAGGGUAUUGUGUGUAGAAGGGUGAGAUAAAAAUAUAAAAAAAACAUUUUGAAUUCAGACUGUAACAACAAAAUGUUGAAUAAGUCAAGGAGUAUGAAUAUUUUCUGAAGGCACUGCAUGUGAUCGUGUCUCAAUGUAAUCAAAGUGUGAAUUUAUUUAUUUUCAAAUACAAUCUUUUUGGGCUUA